AUGUGGAGUGCAGGAGUGGACGUGGGCGGCAGGGAGGUACAGGUGCGUCUCCCCCCUGGGGUCUAUCGCGCCGCGUAUUCGGUACCUCCGACAGAUACUGACGCUGGCACGAAUUGCGCUUCAACUGCGGAGAUGCCACCAAAAGAUGUCACGAAGACCCUCUCUGACGCGCGGAGCCGCUUUCAUCAACUUCGAGACCUGCGACGGGAGCUCAGUGGCCGCCCUCUGCCAAACACCGGCGGCUUGUCCGCAACAGCGGCACCGGCAGUGCACGCAUCGUCUGCAUUCCCCUCAACAGCACCGCCCACGACUACCCUAGCUCAGACCUCGCUUUCUGUCACAUGUACGCCAUCCGCUGCCUCCUUUGGCCUUCCACUCGACCGGCUCUCGGCGGAUGAUCCGGCCACGCGGUCUGUCUUGCGCACCGCCGCAGCGGAGCGUGCACUGCGUCUGCAACAGGCCGAAAACGAUGAGUUGAAGCGAGCGAUGCUGAUGCAGCAACAGGAGACUGCCCAAAUGCAGUGCUUGAUCGAUCGUCUCUCCUCCGAGCUCACCGAAAUGCGGGAGACGGUGCUGCGGCAGACGGCCACCAUGAAGUCGCUGGCGGCCGAAAUGGAGCGCCGAGAUGCGUAUCACUUGAUCAAAGAGAAGCGCAGCAGCCAAGCGGCGGCGUUGGCGGUGGCGACUGCAAACGCCUCGUCGGGCACCUUGUCUUCGCAAUCCUCGUUAAGCCACCAGCACCGACUCGAGCAGCAGGUUGAGCAGCUCACGAAGGAGAAGGCAGAGUUGCAGCAGCAGGUGAGCCACGCUGGAAAGCUGAGGAGCACGCCGGCGAUCGAGGUGAUCGACAAGGACGAUGAUGCGAUGGCAGAGGGAAGCGGGGCUAACAGGUGGAUUUCAUCUGCGCGCGUGGAGUUGCAGAGGUUGGUGCAGGCCCUCGGUGCCAUACUCCGGGCUGGCGCUUCGCCUCUUGCGCACUUCGGCGCGGAUUCUGAACCUGUUUACGAGUUGGAGCUGAGUUGCGUUACCCGACAGGCCCCUCUUCGCACACAUCGCAUCCCCGAUGACGACGCGCCUGCACCAGGGAACGUAAACUCUGUCGUCUGUAUCUGCGGCCCAUACAAUAUGCGCGAUGUCGUUCUGCGCGUUCAAACAGCGAGGGAGAAUGCGGGUUCACUGCUGCGGCGCUCUCACAGGCUUGAGGAGGUGCCUGUGCAAAGUCAAAGGAGUUGCGUGUUGUACGCUAUGCGAGAUACGUGCAGUGUUGUGAGGAUCUGCUUGUACGAAGGAGUUGCUAAGACUGAGGUCGACACAGGUGAAUCUUGUAGCACUGAGUCACCCGCGCCUGCUGCCACAGCAACCGUUGCCGUGCAAACCUUGAUCGCCACAGCCCUUGCCAGUAGCCGAGACCUAGAGACGAUGCAUGCCAUCUACAACGUACACACGGUCCACCUUGCUGAUGACAAGGGCACACUGCGCGACACCGUCACAUUCCGGGUUCGAGUCACGGAGGUGCAGCACCGGCGUUACAGCGGGUACAGAGGGAUCAACUGCAGCGACAACGAUCUCGAUGGCCGUCGACGUGCGUCACCGUUCCCGUCACCUGGAGCACUUGACCCCGGUGGUGUUAGAGUCCGCGAGAGAAGCGCGACGCCACUCAGCAGUGCUGAUGCUGGCUCAGCGGAAGCUGAGAGCGUCACCAAAAGCUUGCAUCGUGGGCAAAGUCGUGGGCCUAUGCUCUCCCCCUCCCGCAACGACGAAGCCACGCCUAUCAAAGGACAGCGCCUCUUUGCGCACUCGUCGUUGCCGUGCUCAACGACACCACCCGCCGCCACCGACGAUGCCAACUCACGCGGCUCCCCAGUGGACGCGAACGGCAUACUUGAGCAGGUGGAGCCGCAAACGAAGCCACUGCCAGCACUCCUGACUCCCUCGGAGGACUCCAAGAAGGCGGUGACUCGUGCAGCGGCACCUAUCUCCGCUAGCGAGUCUAAGACCCGCGCAACGCUCGACGGAGCUAACGAGUCACAGAUCACGGAUGAUUUGGCGUCUGCGGCGGCGAAGACUACGGCACUGCUGCCCUUGCAUGACACACCAGUCCCCAUGUCGCCACGCGUCGCCGUGUCGUCUGACCCUCCUUCGACGGUAGGGGUUCACCCCACUCCCAGUGCGCCCAGCCUGUCUUGGCCACCGCCACCGCCUAUGGCCGUCGUGCCCACUCCACCGCCGUCGUCGAUACCGACCGCGACGCCCCCUGCUGCCGCCGCCUGUGCGAUGCGGAUACGGAUUAAAGAGGUGCGCUCUCUUCACGAGGACUGUGAUGACGACGUGGUGGAGAACAUGCUGGAGCACUGUUCUCUGCAGGUGGUCGUCCGCGUAGAUGGCGAACCCGUUUUCACCGCGCCAACGCGACGAGACGCGUCGCAUGCGGUGUGGAGUGCCGAGGAAGGCAGUUUCACCCACACGCUCUCGAGUGGGCAGGAGGUACACUUCGAGGUCCUUCAUGGCGACAAGACGCGAGGCCGAGCAGUGCUGCCCGUUUCAGAGAUCCUGAAUGUCAGUGGCGAGAAAGAUUUGACCUUGUUCUCCGUCAGCGGCGGUAGGCCUUGUGGACUGCUGACAAUGGCCUUCGAAGGAUCUGUGUAG